UAAUGGAAUCACAGCCCUUCCUCCGACAUGGCUAGUAAACUCGGUAACGACGGCGGUAGCUCCAGCGAUGUCAAGUCUAAGCGUAUUUCCGCCGGCGUUUUGCAAUCGAUAACAUCUCUUCUGCUUCUCUGCGCCAAGCAAACGAUUAUAGCUUCAAAAAAGUUGAAAAACAAUACAAAGAUCUCAUCGGGGACGCCGAAGAAACUAAUUUCCUCCAUAAGCAACAAAGCGAUCAAGUUGCGCCACCGGAUGAAGAGAACGGGAGAAGAAGGCGGUGAGCACGGAAGCGACGGGCUGUGGCGGAAGGAGAUACUGAUGGGGGAUAAAUGUCAGCCCCUGGAUUUCUCCGGUGUAAUCUAUUACGAUAAAGACGGGAACCUUCUGAGUGAGUUGCCCAUUCGAUCGCCCCGUGCAAGUCCGUUGCCGGGUUAUGUCUGUACUCCGGCGAGGUCCAGCUGGACCUCAACGCCGCGGCGAGAAUUGUCGUCUCAGUGAUGCUAGUUCUGUUCUGUAAAAAAUCUUUCUUUUGUUUUCCGGUGAGAAUUUCAUAGGGUCAAAUCCCAAUUAUAUUUUCCUCUUUAUUUGGGAAUUAUCAAUGUCAUUCCCUAAUAUUGAAAAAAAAAAGAACUCUUUAGAUUGCCUAAAAAUAUUGUAUUUAACUUUUAAAUUAGAGGAAGUGAAAUAGUCUUGGUAACUAUUGUCUUA